GGCUCUGGUGUUUAAAAGGAGCUGCAGGUGCAGGAUUCUACACACACAGAUGAAUGGAUUCCUCUUUAAACACAGAUGCUCUGGGACUGUUUGCCUCUUUUCUUAUUGAAGUGCAUGUGAACUGUAGGUAGCCAGUGCAGCUUUGAUGAUCUUCAGCCGAGUUUGUUGACUGGACAUUUUUCUUUUUUGAAGCUGGAAAUGCUUAUUUUUAUGAAUAUGAAGAUCACACAGUCGUUUGGUGUGUGUAGUCACUUCAGAUAGAGACAAAGGUAGCAGGACAGAGAAAUACCUUCAGUAUGGAGACAUUUGUACCAGCUGGCAACUGAACCAAACAUGUUUUUUGUAAUGUCAUCGCUGAUGAUUGUGCAGUUGCUUCUCUUGAGCUUAAGAGUAAUUGACACCACCACAGACACAUGGAGACACUGUACAGAUUUGAUCCCCCUGGAUCUUCUGUCCUUUGUCCUAGAGAGGGACACUUCCAAACUUCUACCAGGGGUUCACAUGAAGGAGGCUGACGGGGUGAGGGGGGUGCAUUUCUCAAGCCCCCAUACCUCUAUGAGCUUUCCCUCCUCCCAGCUGCUGGUGAACUGCGACCUCUUCCCCAAAGAAUUCUCAAUUGUCGUGACACUAAAGUUCACUCACAGUGUAUCCAAGAGAAAUGAAUACAUCUUUUCCUUGUUGGAACCAAAAAAAGUAGAGAAAAGAGAGGCAGGAGACAAGAAAGAUGAGAACAAUAAGGGGAACAUUUUGGAAAGGACUAAAGAGAGGCGGCAGAAGAGUAAUGGGGAACGUGGACGGAUCAUCCUGGGACUGAGGUUCUCGAGAAAGCGUCUGCACUUCCUUUUUCGAGGUCACGGAGGGGUCGUGGAGCACUGGGGUUUUCGAGGCACCCGACUGGCCGAUAACCGGUGGCACACUCUGGUUUUAGCCAUUGGUAGCCAUCAUGUCAGGCUCACGGUGGACUGCAGCUCACCCCUGGAAAUGGUUCCCUCCAAGCCUUUCCCCUCCGACCUGAACAUUCAGGGGUCGAGAUUUUACAUUGGCAGUCGGGGGAAAUGGAAAGGCUCGUAUUCAGGUCUGUUGCGACAGCUUGUUUUGGUGCCAGGUUCGGAUGCCACCCAUCACAUCUGCCCGUCUUCCGAACCUCACCUUUCAGUUCUGUCAGUACCACCACUUCUCUCAGAUCUGUCCAUCAUGGGAAAGGAGGCUGACGGCCAUGUGAUCUCCUAUGAAACACAGGAGCGAGUGUCAGUGGGGUUGGAGCGGGCGUGCUCAGAGCUGUUACAAGGCCAGCUGUGGUUCAACCCGCUUAGGAAAGGCCUCUACCUCUGUGAUGGUACAGUGUGGAUCACCGUGCUGGAGGAUCAUAAACGACUGGACUAUGUGUUGGAACACCAGGUCCUCACCACCAGCUCAGAGACACAUGAUGUAGAGGUGUUCCAGGUACCUGGCAUAGGUCUGAUGGCUGCUAUGGCUCAUCGGUCAACAGCCUCUGGCUCUGCUGUGUAUCUGUGGAGUCAAACAGGUUUCCAGCUCUACCAGAAUAUCAGCACGUAUGGAGCUCUGGCUUGGAGACACUUCAGCAUGGGCAAGAAGGUAUUUCUGGUGGUGUCUAACUCUGGCAGUAGACCUGACAAGCAUUUUAGCAAAGAAUCAGAGACGGACUCGUCUGUGAUUUACAAGUGGAGCAGAAAAAGAAAGCGGUUUGUGCGGUUCCAGACUCUGCAGACACACUGUGCACGCGACUGGGAGGCCUUUAACAUCAAUCAACAGACCUAUCUCGCUGUGGCCAAUCAUAGGCAAGGAAAUCAUAAUCACACUAUAAAUAGUGUGAUAUACAAAUGGAACCAGUUAACGAAGUCUUUUGAGGUUCACCAGUUUCUGCUGACCACAGGGGCCUACGACUGGGAGUUCUUCACGGUCGGACCGUACCAUUUUCUGGUGGUCGCAAAUGCUUUUGAUGGAGUGACUACUUCUGUAGACUCGGUCAUCUAUGUUUGGGUCAAUGGAAGCUUCCAGGUGUUCCAGACAAUUAAGACGUUCUGUGCCACAGACUGGGAAAUGUUUCAGAUUGGCAGUAGAGUCUUUUUAGCUGUUGCCAACGGACACAGACUCCAUGGUAACGGACCAAGUCGAUAUACCAUCAACUCCACAAUCUACGAACUGGACAUGAAUGGAAAGCUGUUUGUCCGCUUCCAGGACAUUGUCACCUAUAGUGCAGUGGACUGGGAGUUCUUCAGCCUCGGGGAGGAAUAUUUUCUGGUUGUUGCCAACUCCUUCAACGGAGAAUCUUACUCUCUCAACAGCAUUCUCUACAGGUGGCAGGGAUAUGAAGGCUUUGUUCCUGUUCACUGGCUCCCGACGAUCGGGUGCAGUGACUGGGAAUUUUUCAGCUCGAAAGGAGAAUCCUAUUUGAUGUACUCCAGUGCCAAAGCACCUCUCUCUAAAGUGUUCAAGCUGAAAACCUACUAGGCAA